AAACGGGUCCAACGGCCCCGAGGACCGAAUCGCCUCCAAGCAGCGUCGGGAGAAGAAGUUCCGUACCCUUCACUCCACUAUUCCGGUCAACCCUUCUCCGCCUCCGCGGCUCCGCCUCCGCCUCCUCACGCCGCUAUGCCGCCAGCCAGUAGCCUCAGCGCCGACCAGCUCAGCUUCUUCGAGGCCAAUGGUUACCUCGUGAUGGACUCGUUCUCGAGCGCGGAGGAGGUGCGGGAGAUGCGGGACCGCAUGGCCGAGCUUGUAGCUGGGUUCGAUGGCGCCAACUCCGCCGUCUUCUCCACCAAGGAUCAUCGCCAGUUGAAGGAUGAUUACUUCUUUAAAAGUGCAGAGAAUAUCUCUUUCUUCUUUGAGGAAAAGGCGUUUGGAGAUGAUGGAUGCUUGAAACAGCCAAAAGAACUUUCAAUUAAUAAAGUUGGGCAUGCAUUACAUGAACUUGAUCCCGUGUUCAAAAAGUUUUCUUUCUCGGAGAGUGUUGCAAGCUUGUUCUCUUCUUUAGGCUACAAGAGGCCUGCAGUCAUUCAAUCUAUGUACAUCUUUAAGCAACCAGGUAUUGGUGGUGAGGUGGUGCCGCACCAGGAUAAUACAUUCCUUUACACGGAACCUCGAACAUGCACAGGGUUGUGGCUUGCACUUGAAGAUGCAACAAUGAACAAUGGUUGCCUGUGGGCAAUUCCAGGAUCACAUAAAAAGGGUUUGGUGAGGCGUAUGAUCAGAGAUGAAAAUGGUACACAUUUUGAUCGGCCCUCCCCAGCCUAUGAUCAGAAAGAAUUUGUGCCCCUGGAAGUAAAAUCUGGUGAUUUGGUAGUUAUACAUGGAGAUCUUAUACAUCAGAGUUUUGAGAACCUUUCUCCAGCGUCAAGACAUGCAUUGAGCUUACAUGUAGUUGAUACUGAAGGAUGUGAAUGGUCCAAAGACAACUGGAUACAGAGGAAAACGGCCCCUGAGCCGCUUUAUGUGUCUUAGCAAAACCAGUUACCAGUAGUGCAGUAAAACAACAAAGAUUCCCAGCAAGUGAUUUGUGGACCGCUUCUUUGCACAACAAAAUAAAAUGGGGGAAUCAAGCUGGGCCAUGCUGUUUCCGUCUCACCUGUAAACAUGUAAAUUGUAAAAUACUCUUGCUACUGUGGUGCCGUCAUUGACAUAUCAUAUUUUUUUAAUGCGUCCAAUAAAUGUCCAGUUAUUGUACUAAAUUAAGAGAGGCACACAAGCUUACUUUCCA